CGCUCAAGUUCAAACUAUCCCAGGCCACAGGCUGUCCAAACUAGAAGGUCGUUCACUUCUGUUCGGAUCGGUUGGUUGUGCUUUCUUCUCCCCAGUGCAGGCAGCAAGCUUCAGCAGAUCAUCAUUCGAACCCGCACCACACAGCAGCUAAGGUAAGAUGGAAUGUACGAUCACGUCUUAUAGUCCAGACCCACCACCUGUGUCUAGAAUGAAGUACAUGAAAGCAGACACCACAAAAACCGUCCUGCACGUCAACUUUGAGCCAGAAAAGGGAGAGGUCCAGGAACGAAAGAAAAAGUACCUGACAGCCAAGUAUGGACAGCACCAGAUGAAUCUCAUUCGCAAAAGAUUACGGGUCGAGAUGUGGAUGUUUGACCAGCUACAAGCCUUGUAUGGACACAGAGAUGAAGAUCCUACAUCAUAUGACAUAGAAAUUGAUUUAGAUGAACUCUUGGAUAUUGAAGGUGAUUUUAACAGAAAAGCUUGGUUAGGAGGUAAGGUAAUUGGAGCCAAAAAAUCUCAAGAAAAUGUAGAGAAAUUCAUCAGUGAAUUGCUUCAGAGGGCAAAAACUUUGUAAACAUUUGGAUUGUACAAUGGAGAUUAUGUUCAUGUGUUUAUUUCUCAUGGAAUAACUUUCAUCUGGCAUGAACAUAUUACUUGCACAAUGAAAUACAUCUCCCAUUUGUGAUUAUUUAUGUUUUCAUCAAUCAGGUUUAUGUAAGGAAAGAAAUAAAACAAAAGCAAAUUUCCAGGUACCACAAAAACUCUCCCUUUUGUAUAUGUUCAAUUUAAAUGCUGAAUUUCUCAUAAGAGUAUUUUAUUCUAGUUUUAUGCUUAAAGAAUUUUUGUAUACAUUAGUUACUCUAUUACUCUACAAGGUGAUUGGAUUUCUCUUGUGAUUGAGUGGUUAUAAUUUAAAUAUAUUGAUAUAUUUAUUUGUAGAUUUUUAUCUUUCAGAAUUCAUAAUCAUGAUCUGUGUAUAUGGUAACUGUUAUUUAAAAUAAAGUGUGUUUUGUCUC